UUAUUAUUAUUAUUAUUAUUAUUAUUAUUAUUAUUAUUAUUAUUAUUUCUGUUAUUAAUUAUUUAUUGUCAUUGUGCCACGUGGCCUCAUCCGGGAUUAGUUAUUAAUAAUUAUUAGUACUUAUAAAAAUUAUUAAUUUAUGAUGGAGAACAUAGAAAAAGAUCAAAUUGGCUACAGUACAGUUUCUGGUGGUCCAUUUGGCGAGAGAAAGAUAAUAUACACUGAUUAUACAGCUUCUGGUAGAUCCCUUCGAUCGAUAGAGGAUUGGAUUGAGAAAGAGGUUCUGAGUACAUACUCAAACACACACACCACCUCAUCGUUUUGUUCAAGACAGACGACCUUUUAUAGAGACGAAGCACGUGAUAUCAUUAGAAAUGCUGUUAAUGCUUCAACAAGAGAUGAUUGUGUCUUAUUUGCUGGUAGUGGUUGCACUGGAGCUGUCCAUAAGCUAAUACAUUCACUCAAUUGCCCAUCACCACCUGUUGUUUUGGUUGGACCGUUUGAGCAUCAUUCAAACCUGUUACCUUGGAGAGAGAUUGGAGCAAAAAUUGUGUGGAUAAAAGAAGACAAGAAUGGUCACAUUGAUCUAUCAGAUUUAGAGAACAAACUUAAAGAGUACAGUGCUACUAAUGAUACUAGUAUUAGUCUGAUAGGAGCCUUCAGUGCAGUAUCUAAUCUAACAGGAGUCAUUACCGAUACUGUGGCUGUGUCAUGCCUGGUUCAUCGCUAUGGAGGCUUGGUCUUCUGGGACUACGCCACUGGAGCUCCUUACAUCAAAAUUGACAUGAACCCCGUCAUUACAAGUAGUGAAGCAUCGUUCGCUUACAAAGAUGCAGUGUAUUUCUCAAUGCACAAGUUUAUAGGUGGGGUCGAUAGUCCAGGGGUACUUGUCGCUAAAAAGAACCUUUUCAAGAAUCCUGUCCCUCAUCAGUGUGGGGGAGGGACUGUGUUUUUUGUCACUCCGAAAGGUCAUCAUUAUUUUAGGAACAUAGAGACGAGAGAGGAAGGAGGUACUCCUAAUAUAGUAGGGUCCAUAAGGGCCGGACUGGCCAUGCAAUUAAAAAUGAGUGUGGGAGUUGAAAAUAUACUAAGAAAAGAGGAAGAAAUCUCUUUAUAUGUGUAUGAUAAAUGGAAGUCGGUUCCUGGAUUAUUCGUCCUUGGUCCGGACCCGGCCUCAGUUCCACGCCUACCUGUAUUCUCUCUCCUUUUCCUUCAUCCCCAGUCGGGGAAAUACUUGCAUCAUAAUUAUGUGUGUUCGCUCCUGUCAGACCUGUUUGGAAUACAAGCUAGGGGAGGCUGUUCUUGCUCGGGGCCUUAUGCUCAAUCACUUCUUGGAAUCGAUGGUCUUGCUGAACAAUACGAAGCUUUAAUAAUGCAGGAUAGUCGACGGAGUGAUCAGCCUCAUGUGCAAUACAAAGAGUUCUCCGAGAGGGAGGUACUCCGCCCGGGGAUGGUUCGUCUCUCUUUUUCUUAUUUUAUGGGAUGGGACUCGAUUGAAUUUGUCGUCAAGGCAAUUGAGUUGGUUGCUAGGUGUGGCUGGAAGCUCCUCCCACAGUAUCAGUUUGAUCCUGGUUCCGGCUCAUUCUGGUACCAUUCUUAUCACUUUGACUCUGAGAGGAAGUGGCUCUCGUCUUUUAUAUUCCCUCAUCAACCCAAUCCUCCAGCUAAACCCACAGCACCAGAUUAUACUGAGACGUUGAAGAUUGCUGAAGAACUGUUUAGUUCAAUUGAUAAAAAGAAAGCGUCAAUUAAGUCAUUAGCUGAUCAGCGUCAGUUUUUAUUAGAAGAUGCUGAGAGGCUGAGAUGGUUUUUGCUGCCUAGUGAAGCUCUGGAAUGUUUGAGCAGUGAAGCUCCACCCACACCAACGGCACAGGCUCCCUUCACACCAAAGAAGUAUGGUUUUGAUAGCAGGCAGCAGAUGAAUGGAGAAGAAGAGAAAAAGGAGGAAGAGGAGACUGGAAAAGAUGAACAUUGUAAUAAAGAGAAUCCUGUUAAAUUCCACCAUCCACCAAAGAAUAUAUUCAAACCAACAAUGGAGGCGUUACAAGAGUAUGAUAUGAUCAGAGAUGGUGAUAGAGUGUUAGUGUGUCUAUCAGGUGGUAAGGACUCACUCUCUCUACUACACACUCUCAAUCAGUAUCAAUUCAUCGCUAAAUCAAAAGGUAUUUUGUUUUCACUCGGUGCAGUUACUGUCGAUCCUAAAAGCUCUGCCUACAAUCCCCGCCCACUCAUUCCUUAUUUGGCAUGUCUUGGAGUACCAUACUUUUACGAAGAGCAGUCCAUCAUAGAUCAAGCUGCAGCUCAAACAGAGCUGGAUUCCAUAUGUAGCUUUUGCUCUAGAAUGAAGAGAGGGAGGCUCUAUUCUGCUGCUAGAAGAGAAGGAUACAAUGUGUUAGCCUUUGGACAACAUCUGGACGACCUCUCAGAAAGUUUCCUCAUGGCUGUAUUUCAUAAUGGGUAUCUACGUACUAUGAAAGCUCACUAUACAGUCAAGGAAGGAGAUCUAAGAGUUAUUCGACCUUUUGUGUAUGUCAGGGAAAGGGACUUGGAUCAAUUUGCCAAGCAGGUCUCUCUACCAGUGAUACCUGAAAACUGUCCUGCUUGCUUUGCUGCCCCAAAGGAGAGAGAAAGGAUGAAACAGUUACUAGUUGGACAAGAGAUCCUCUUCCCACGCCUGUUUCAUAGCUUGAGCUCUGCUCUUAGGCCACUAAUGGCGCAAAAACUGACCAAUAAAGACCAAGACGAUGAGAAAGAGAUGUAGAUUAUAAUUCUUUUGUUUAAUUUCUUCAAUCAAUUCACCUUUAUUCUUAAAAUUCUUAUAAUUCCUUGUGGAUUUGUAAUUAA